AUGGCGCAUUCGCGUACAACUACAAAAGUCGUGGUGGUUGGUGGAGGCGGCACCAUGGGUUCCUCGACAGCCUUACAUCUCAUUCGCUCUGGGUACACUCCCUCGAAUAUCACAGUGCUUGAUGUCUAUCCCAUUCCUUCUGCUCAAUCGGCAGGAUAUGAUCUCAACAAAAUCAUGAGCAUCCGUUUACGCAAUGGGCCAGAUCUGCAACUUUCGCUCGAGGCUCUUGACAUGUGGAAAAAUGAUCCAUUGUUCAAGCCCUUCUUUCACAAUGUCGGUAUGAUCGAUGCCUCGUCAUCUGAGGACGGUAUUGCAAGUCUUCGAAAACACUACCAAUCAAUCAUCGACGCGAACAUUGGGUUAGAGAAAACAAACUGGCUGUUGGAAAGCGAGGAUGAUAUACUUGAAAAGGUGCCAGCCUUUACAAGAGAACAAGUAAAGGGGUGGAAAGGCUUGUUUUGUGCCGAUGGAGGUUGGCUUGCUGCAGCCAAGGCCAUCAAUGCGAUCGGACAAUUCUUGAAAGAUCAAGGUGUCAAUUUUGGAUUUGGAAAAUCGGGAAGUUUCAAACGGCCUCUAUUUACCACGGAUGGGGUCACUUGUAAUGGUGUUGAGACAGUAGAUGGUACUAAAUAUUAUGCUGACAAGGUGGUCUUGGCUGCUGGCGCUUGGAGUUCAACAUUGAUAGAUUUGGAGGAUCAAUGUGUUUCGAAAGCGUGGGUCUUUGCUCAUAUUCAGCUCACACCCGAGGAAGUGGCCAAGUACAAGAAUAUUCCCGUGGUAUACGAUGGCGAAUACGGCUUCUUCUUCGAACCCAACGAACAUGGGGUGAUCAAAGUCUGUGACGAGUUCCCUGGAUUCUCUCGCUUCAAGCCGCAUCAACCUUAUGGCGCGGCCUCUCCCAAAUCCAUCUCUGUUCCUCGAUCACACGCCAAACAUCCUACAGAUACCUACCCCGAAGCUUCUGAGGUAACAAUUCGAAAGGCAAUUGCGAGGUUCAUGCCACAAUUCAAGGAUAAAGAGCUUUUCAACCGGUCUAUGUGCUGGUGCACGGAUACUGCCGACGCCAAUUUACUGAUCUGCGAGCACCCCAAGUGGAAAAACUUCAUUCUGGCAACGGGAGACAGCGGACAUAGCUUCAAGCUUCUACCCAAUAUCGGUAAACAUGUCGUUGAGCUGAUAGAAGGGUCUCUUCCGCCACACCUAGCUGAUCCUUGGAUGUGGAGACCUGGGGGUGAUGCUCUCAAAUCUAUACGCGCUGCCCCGGCGAAAGAUCUCGCUGAUCUGCCGGGCUGGAAACAUGAUCCCAAGCUUUGA